UCCCUGAAUUUCGCAAGUAACGCGCUUCGCACCGCAAGGGAGGAAGUUUAAAAACUUGUACAGGAAGCUUUUUGCAAAGUGAAAGCCCUCCUUCCUCCCUUGACCGAGACGCGCCGCCCAGCAGGGAAACUCCGCGGCUGCUCAGGCGUUUCCGCAUCGCUCCAAAAUGGAAGCUGAAAUUCGGGUCGAGAAGCGAUGAGAAACAAAACCAAAACCUAGACGAGGCGAGAGAUGGGAUUGGCUGGAUCCUCACCCUCGGCCCGGCGUUGCUGGGACUCCCUCGCCGACUCCAGCGGUUCAUUAUCCACGUAACGGCCUGCCUCAUCGCCAGAACGGAAACGUGGCCCCGCAGCCAGUGGUCGUGAUCUCCCGCCAUGACGAGCAGUGGCAGGACCCUGGACGAAUUUGCCGUCUCCGAGGAGGUGCGGGAGUUGGUGACCCAGCAGCGCCCCAGGAUCGAACAGCUCUUUGGGGUGGAGCUGAAUGUCCUGGGGGUCCUGGGGUCGGCACAGAGCCCCAGCGAGGACCUCCAGGGAGAGAGGAAGAUCUGGCUGCAGCUGCAGGGAUGCAGAGAGAAUUUGCAGAGGGCAAAGGAAUACAUCAAAGGUCUCUGUGCGCCGGAGCUGAGUGAAGAGGUUUACUACCCCAAAGACAUGCAGUGCAUAUUUCUGGGAGCCCAGGGGUUGUUCCUAGACUGCCUCACCCAAGGGACAUCUGCCAACCUUACUUUCCUUCACCCUGGCACUCUGUUAGUCUCGGGCUUGGCUGAAUCCUUCGUCAUGGCGCAGAGCCGGAUCCAGGAGUUUGUGGAAAAGCACCAGAAGAACCUCAGGCUGCCCGAGGAACAGGAGACCCAAGUCAAGCGGGCCUUCCUGGAGCUGGUGGAAACCUACAAUGACAAACACGCUAUGGACCUCUUGAUCCUUCCCACCUCGGUCAAGGAGGAGUUGCUCAAUUUGGUGAAGGAGAUUCAGGAAGAAGAUGGGGAGCACGGGCGAAGGAACGGAUGUUGGGCACCAACCCUCGGGCAAGACCAUUUGGUGGGCUGGGAAACUAACAUGGGUGGUGGCGGCAGGCCUCAGUCUCCGAGUAAAAAUACCUUUGGCUUGCCCAUGGGACUCAGUAGAGUCCGAGAACAAAGUAGAACUGGAGACUCUACCAUUGAUUUGACUGCAGGCUUUGCUAGGCCUGAAGCAUCUCCUCACAAGUCCCCACAAGAAGCUACACAACCGCAGUACUCUUUCAGGCCUCGAGAUGUUAGGACUGACUUGCCUGUCGCGGUUGGUAGGCCUCAAGACCAAACUCUACCUCAGGUGUCAAAGGUUGACUUCCCCAGAGGCUUUGGUGAGACUGAAUUCCCCAGUAGGCCUCAGCACGACCUGUCUUGCUUGAAUGGUCCUCAGGGUUGGCCUGAGGUGACAACCCACACGAGGCCAGCACUUCCCAAGAGUUCCCCUAAACCUAUUCCAAAUGCACAGGCUCGGUUUCUUCCUGUUUACGGAGGCCAAGCUGAGUCUUUGCAGGAUCGUCACAAGGGGAAGGAUGUUCUUUGUGCAAGGGACCCGAGCCCUGCCAGCUUGCCUGAGGAAACCAGUGAAGAGGAGCCAUCGUCAGAUGUCCUGUUGUCAUCGUGGACGGAGAAGGAGUUCAAGAUGAGGCUGAACUUCUUUAAAACCAUGGGCUAUGAGGAACGGGUGGUCAAGAAGAUACUCUUAGAGGGUGGGGUACGUGAGGCACCUUCAACUAUCCUGGACAGGGUCCAGAUGGCAGAGGCCUCCCAGAAAGAAGGGGUUGUCCUACCGCAGACGGAGCCUGGGGGAAGAGAGAACUCUCUUUCUCCACCAGAAAAGGACCAGGAUGAAAAUGAGUAUCUCCGGGAACUCAUCAAAGCAGCUGCAGCCAACUGUGGCCACUCGCCAAGCGAGAUCCCCACAGAGAUACAGACAGGAGCCCCAUUGGCAGGUUUGCUGAGGCGGCUCAAUGAGAAGGGGGAACACCAAGAGGAGGCUGAGGGUGCGAUGGGGGCCUCAGCAGCAAAGCUAGAACAUGGAGGACACCUUGGUGCCCGGAGGGCGACCAUCUUGAAUCACAGGGAAUCUUCGCCUCAGAGGCCUCAGGAGAGAGGGGGGAACAGUGGGUCCCCUUUCCACGAGGGCAUCAGUUUGUUGCCAGUCAACCCAGAAGUUGCUGCUUUCUCUCCUUCCCCCAGUGGUCACCUGUUCUCGACGUCCGAUUCUGAGGGGAGCCAGUCGGCAGAAAGCACCAGCUUAGGGCUCCCCCACCAAGGCUCUGUUCCUACAGUAACCGGAGCCCAGCGCUUUGAGGAGGCCCUCCAGUCUGAGUUCAAGCUCAAGUUGGCCAACACGCCAGGGAAGAAGAACCUACGGAUGAUCAUUAUUGAUGGCAGCAAUGUGGCCAUGAUGCACGGUCUGAACCAGUUCUUCUCAUGCCGGGGCAUCGCUCUGGCAGUACAAUAUUUCUGGGACCGUGGGCACCGGGAAGUGACCGUCUUAGUACCUGCACAUCGGAUGGAAGAAGACUCCAAUGUGAGAGAGCAGCACUUUUUGAUUGAGUUACAGAACCUGAGCAUCCUCUCCGUCACGCCAUCACGCAAAAUAGAUGGGAGGGGCAUUGUGCCGUACGAUGACAGGUUCAUGCUCAAACUAGCGGAACAGACCAACGGCGUCAUCGUCACCAACGACCAGUUCCGGGAUCUUGCGAAAGAGUCGAAGAAAUGGAUCAGAAUCAUUAAAGAAAGCCUUCUGCAGUACAUCUUCGUGGGGAAUAUUUUCAUGGUUCCCGAUGACCCCUUGGGACGAGACGGGCCCACCAUUGCAGAAUUCCUGAAGAAAACCCCCAGGAGCAAGGCCCCAAACUGCCACUCCUUCGCCGGCCGGUCCGUGCCUGUGUCUGUCCCCGUGGGCCGUGCCUCGCAGACGGAGGUCCUUCAGCUUCGAGACAGGAAGCCACCUGGAGGGUUGCUCGCAGAUCGAAGGAAGGGCCAUAAACAGAGCUCGCCGGAGAAGGAGCAGCUCCGGCCCAAGGACGACACCGAGCGGCUGAGGAGAGACCUCCUGGAGAUCUUUGUGGGCCAAGACAAGAGGGUUGAUUUUGUGCUCAUGCGGGAGCCCUGCUGCUAUGACCUCAACAAGCUUUCGGAGGCGAUACUGAGCCUCAGUUUCUGAGCCAGAAAACUUUUGUUGUCUCCCAAGGGGGGCUGUGCAUUUAUCCAUGCAUCUGCGUCCAGAAUGAGCUCGCCCUCGCUGGUAUGACUGGUUUUCAGCGCCAGCUGUCUCUCCCUGAGGGAUACAGAAGAACUUUUUGCUACCUAACACCGCGUGGUAGAUCAUUUCCCCUCAGAACUCCCUUAGUACGAAAAUCGCAGAGCCGUUGAUGGUUCUCCUCAUUAGCCAGUAGCAAUAAUUAUCAGUUCAAAAAGCACCUAACAUUAAGGUAACUCAGGGUUUAAGAUGCUGCGUGCCGGGAGGUAGCCAACAGUUGUGCUUACUGGAUGUUGUUGGCAUCAUCCCUGACCAUUAGUUGUGCUGGCUGGGGCUGAUGGGAAUGGGAGUCCAACAACAUUUGGAAGGCACCAUGUCAGCAAGCCCAUACAGCAAGCCCAGCCGAAGCUACACAGAGCAAUACGCCCCACGUCCUUCAACCUUCAUGGUUGGGCAAGUCUUCACUGUGAAUUUAAACUGAUUUAACUGUCAUGGCCUCUUCACACUACCAUGGAAUUGUGGGAAAUGUUCCAUGAGGCGGAUUCCUGACAGGAUUCUCAAGCCUCCACACAAUAUUACAUCGCCCAGGGGUCUGUGGGAUAAAAAAAAUAACAUGGCAGUUGUAUUCAUUCCAGACCAACUUAAGAGACGUUUUCAGGUGUCUUAGGGUUAGUCCUAGGACAGGUCCUUGCAAGGCCCUUGUACACCUUCCAAGUUACGGAAUAAAUCCUAAUAUGACAGGCAAAGGCACAUAUCCAUAAACUGGAACUGUUUUAGAUGAUGUCUUGGGCUGAACGAAAUGCCUUUUUACUGUUUAAAGAAUCUGUCCCAUAAACAUUGUUGAGCACACUUUCUAAA